AUGCCUACGUUCGGCGUUCUUUGCGCAUCAUUGCUUGCAUAAAACGAAAGGCCACGGUAGCUGCGUUACAUUUCUGCGGAAGGACAGAAAGAGGACAAAAGCUAAAAAACAGCAAAGUUGCUCCUUUCCCCACUCUUGUCCGGGGGCUAUUGUUUGACUUUUUCCACCCAACUGGAACGCGGAAAAGUAUCAGAACAAGGAGCAAUGGCAAAGUCAGCGGAUAAUGUGGUUUAUGAUCACUUAGCAAAGCAUGGGUUAAGUGGUGAAAAAUGGUCAAUGCCAUUUUUUAAUCUUGGCAUAACUAAUCCGGAUAAAAUUGAAGAUAAAGAAAACAAGUUUGCAACACUCUCUGUUUUUGCCACUCCCAGUGAAAAAAUUGCCUUGCGUAAAGCACUAGGGAUAUCAGAUCCUUUAUCAGCCUUAGAAGGGGUACAUGGAAUUCUCAAGGAAGCAGAUCUUGAAGUAGAGUACUGGGAAAAGGUGUUAUCAAAACAAGUUGGAGCAAUAACUGCCAAUGGAGUGCAUAACAUGUCUGGCAUAUUUUACCCACACCUUGUUAAAUUUGCUAGAUCCAAAGAAGAACAAAAGGCUGUACAGGUAAUACUGAGAAUGAAGGUCGAUAAAGCUGGAUUAUCUGAGCAUUAUGACAAGUAUGUAUCAGGUUUAGAAGAAAGAGCAACACAAAUGUUACAUGCAAUGAAAAAAGUGCAAGAUGCUCAGUCAGAUGGUAGAGUGUUUGAAGAUCAAGCAGUUCAAAAUCUCUGUAAAUGUUUUCAGGAGCACUUGCAAGUCCCUAAGGAGUUCUGGUUUUCAAUAGAUACAUUUGAUAUGAUUAUUACCUCUUUUAAGGCUUAUCACGAACUCAUGUGUGAAGUGGUUAAAACUGAAAUGAUUGAGGAUUCAACUGUAGUUCAGAAGGCAUCCAAUGGUUUGGCUUUGAAGGGUGUUCUAAUAAAAGGAAAUGAUAAAGUACGUAAACAAAAUAUCGUUUUAGAUGUACCAGAAGGUAUUGAGUUGCAGCUGCCCUUUCAUUCUCAGUCUGUAAAAACCAUUCGAUGCAUCGGAAAAGAGGAGGAAGAGGUUAUACUGAAAGGUACAAAAGCACCCAAAGAGCGAACACAUCCAGUUGACUAUUGCUCAACAGUUAAAUUUUUUAAUGCACCCGUUGCCUCAUGUAUAUUUGAUUGCCAACAGCUUAAAUUGUCAGAUGAGGCAAUAGGAAGAUUGAAGGCAAUUGAAAAUUCAAGUGAAAAUGCUAUAUUAGGCAACUGUGAGAGUUUUAUGAAUGAUUUUGGGUCCCACGUCUGUCUAGGGCCAUUUCACUUUGGUGGUACCUACAAAUGGCAUUGUUAUAGUUGCAGUGUUAGUCAAGAUGAUAUUCUUACGGCACAAAGCCUACAAACUGAAGUAAUAAAAGUACAUGGAUGCAUGUCAAAUCCUCCUAAAAACCCCGAAGUAAAUGAAAAUAAUUUUCAAUGUUCCAGUGAUCUUAAUCAAAGGACGUAUAUCGAUAUUACAACUAGUGGUGGGGCUAAAACACCUGUAUCCGUAGGCCACUGGAAACUUGGUCUCAUGGUUGAUAAAAGCUCAUGGGUUCUACUUAGCACUGGAGAUGAACAUUUCCCAAUUUGGGAGAUCAUUUUAAAAUUUCAUGAUAAAGAUUUUAAAAAAGCUUCAUUGUUAGCAGACAAUUUAAAACAAGCGUGGCAAAAACAAAACUUAGUUUAUCUUCGUAUAGAAGAUUUUCCUUCAUCAGAUAUUCAUGAAGAACUUAAAAGCGAAGUUGCUGUUUGGAUGAAUGAAAGUGAUUUAUCAAAUUGUGUCAAACACCUAUCUCAUCUCCUGGAAGUAAAAGAGUUGGUUACGAAAAUGGAUAUCCAAAUAUGGGCAAAAUAUUAUUUGUCUCUUAUUCCAGUGCAAAAGUAUUUAGAGGUAACUGUUAACAGGUGCAGGGAACAGUCUACUGAAGUGUGUGAGGAAAUUAGAAGCCUAUUGCGACAGGUAGUAGGACCAGCUGACCUUGAGUCUGUUCCAAAAUUCCCCAAUAGAAACCUGUUUCAGAGUUGGGUGUUCGAAACAAAAACACCACAUGCAUUGAUAGAUUUGAAUGACUUAAUGUUAAGUGUAGAAAAUUGCCUUAAAUUUGCUUCUGAAAUAGUUAGUGAUAAUCCACAGAAUAAUGAAACUCUUAUAGAUUCACUGAGUGAUCCAGAUACUGCUCUUAGAGCAACUACUGUUGUGCGCAACACUCUUUACCAUUUACGGAAGCAUUUUGAGAAGACUGGUCAGUCCUAUGAUGACCUCUAUAUCACAACACUUCUUGUCCCCUUUCAGUGUGGAGUGCACCAUAUGGUUUACCUAAGGGGCCCUUAUAAUAUAGAUCUUCUUAAAGCUCUAUUUCAAAAGCACACUAGAUCUUUUUUUGAAGUUAAACGGCAGAAUAGUGCAUUGAAGCUACAGGCUUUUCUUGUAUUAUUGGCAAUUGAAGUCUCCAAUGAUAUCGAUAUGUGUGCUACCUCCAGAUUGUAUGAUCACUUGACACGAAUGUCAGAAGUGAUAGGAAAGCACAUUGACUCAGCUGUAAAGAAUGUUGUUCAAAGCCUUAUGUGUGGUGAUGUCACAAUUCAGUGGGCAAAUACAACUUUGACACGAAUUAUGAAAGCUAGUAUGGAAGAUGGAAUGAGUGAAGAAGUUGAACUAGCAAUAAAAAAUGCAGCUGAGCCAUUAAAGCAAAAAGAUCCUGCUAAGAGUUUUGAGCUAAUGCUAUCGGUGUUUGACCUGAAAAAGUAUUACCCACAAAAACUAACUUUAUUGCAAGCCUUGGAAGUAAAACAAGACAACUUUGAGGGGUCACAGGUUUGUUUUGAUCGAAAAGUUUACCCAUUUAUGAUACUUAAAAAAAUCCUAAGUUUUGACAAAUGUUUUGUAGAACUGACAAAUCUAGUAAUCAAUGAUAUGGGGUGGAUGAGCCAGCAACUUAAAACAGCUGAGUUUGUUGAAGUUAAAGAAGAGAAACUCGAAGCAAGUAUUAACCCUCUCGAUGGACUUAUUACCGUCUUAGCCUGUUCUGACAAUUUUCUACGACAAGACCUGAUGUGUAGGCUAGCAACAUGUCAGAUUGCUAUUCCACUAGUGCUACCAGAUCACAAGAGAGGUAAUUUAACACUGGCACUCUGGUCUAUGAGAACAAUAAUCAAAGAAUGGGAGCUCCAGUCUGUAACUGACAGUGAAGUAAGUGGUUUUGAAGUUCCCAUUAUCUUACACCCUACUCCAAUCAUAUCUUUUAUGCGGUUUGGGAUCCACAAAAAUUCAAAAUCCAAGAUAAUAAAUAUGACUAUGGACUGCAGUCAUGAUACAUUCUUUCACUAUGAUUGUAAGGGCGGAAGAACACCCAAACUCCUGGCUGAAGGUAUGAUUGAUAUUGCUUGGCACUUACCGUCAACGAAUAGUUCGUUUCCUGAUGCUCUCACAUUUUUAAAUCUUCAUGGUGAUGCUCGUAACUUUAAAUCUCAAGUUCAAUUUAUAAGUGGAGUAUGUUUAAUGCAUUUUGUGUUGCUCGAUGUAAAAGAACUGAAUGAAAGUGGACAUGAAGUGUUAGAAGUCUUAUCCAAAGCACCUGGAGGUGUCGUACUUUUGCAAAGUGGAAGAGUGUCAAGAGUAAAACACUAUCUCAAAAGUGAACGAAUAAAUAAAAUUGGUUGUAUUGAACUUGACAAUAGAAAUGAAGCAGAGAAAAGGACAGAUAUACAAAAUAUGAUAAAUGCGUGCAUAACCAAAUCGUGGGAUAGAAAAACUCCACAAAUGGAAAGAUAUCGCAAGGCUGCUCUUCGCUGUGGAAUAGUGGUUGAUGAAGAUGAUGAAGAAUGUGGCAAAGGAAAAUCAUUGGCACUUGAUUUUAAACUAGUUCUUGACAGGUUAGGGAAAGGUGUUAACCCAAAAUGUCUACUACACCUUCAAGGAGUUGAUUAUUGGCACGAAAUAGCUAAGAAGGAGAAAGAAAAACACAGGCAAUUGAAAAAUAAACAAAUGACGGCUACACAAUAUACAGAAUUUAUUGAGAAAGAUAUUGCCUCAUUAUAUAGGAAACAACAUGGGUGUGUCAAGAAAAUCGGUGAUAAUCCCUUAGUUAAUUCAUUUCUUACUACAUUAUGUAAUUUAUCAAGGGAUAAAGUUGCCCGUAACUAUUAUCUUCGGUGGCUUAAAAUAAUCCUUGAUGACCUGUCCCGUGAAAAACUCCCACCUCUUCAUAAAGAAUAUCAUAAAAAACGUGCAGAAUAUCAUUACUUGAAAAAGAAAGGAGAAGAUAUUCAUAAGUGUAAAGAGGAUAUGGAACAAUUAAACAUGAAACUUAUAAGUGCUUCGUUUGGAUUAGAACACUUACUGCGGGAAAUUGGGCAGAUGUAUCAAGCCUCUGUUAUGUGUGACCACAAAAAAUACAAACAUCUCCCUGAAAUUGUGGCAGAACUUCUCAUUGAAGGUUACCCACUAGAACUAAUGGACGGUGAUACUGCACAUGUUCCCUUAAAGUGGGUUUUAGCUGUACUGGACCAUGUUAAAACCAAACUAAAUGAUCCUCAGAUUUUAGUCAUUUCAAUUGUUGGCAUUCAGAGCUCAGGAAAAUCCACAUUAUUAAACACUCUUUUUGGAGUUAAUUUCAGUGUUAGUGCUGGAAGGUGCACAAGAGGAGCAUAUAUGCAACUGCUUCCUUUUCACCACCGCAGUUUUAAGAAAAAUAGUUACCUUCUCCUUGUUGAUACUGAAGGACUUAGAGCUCCUGAAUUAGAUGCAACACAAACUCAUAAUCAUGAUAAUCAGCUUGGCACUUUUGUGAUAGGACUGGCUCAACUAACUCUAAUAAACAUAUUUGGGGAAGUUUUAGCAGACAUGAAUGAUAUUCUACAAACAGCAGUACACGCUUUUUUGAGAAUGAAGCAUGUGACAACUUUGAGUCCAGGUUGCCACUUUGUUCAUCAAAACGUUAGUGGAUUAAUGACUAGCAAUAAAGGAAUGAUAGGUAGAGCAAAAAUAACAGAUAACCUUGACGAGAUGACGCAGAUUGCAGCCAAAAAAGAGAGUUUAGAAAAGAAAUAUACUAGUUUUAAUGAUGUAAUUCAAUUUGAUGAUGAUAGGGAUGUCUCAUACUUUCCAAGUCUUUGGUAUGGAAAUCCCCCAAUGGCACCUGUUAAUCCAGAAUAUAGUAAGAAAGCAAGAUUGCUAAAAAAUCAUUUGAUUCAAUGUGCCAGUGGUUGUUGCAUGGUUAGCUUUACAGAAUUUACAUCAUAUUUAGAAAAAUUUUGGAAUGCUAUUCUACAGGAAAAUUUCAUAUUUAGUUUCAAGAACACACUUGAAAUGUCUGUUUUUUCGGACCUUGAUGCGGAGCGGAGCAAGUGGUUCUGGAGUUUUCGAAAAGAAAUGUUGCAAUCUGAAGAUGACUUUGAAACUGAAAUUCAUAACUGCACUGAAGCUAAUGAUUUGGCCACAGAGGUUUAUGAAAGAGCGCAACUAAAAGUGUUUCAAACAUUAUCUACAACCUAUGCAGAAAUUCUCUGUAAAAUAGAAAAAUAUUUUAAAGAACAUAUUCAUAGAGAAAUCCUAAUAAACUGGAAACAUGAAACAGAAAGGCUGUUAAAUAACCUUAAUGAAGAACUGAAAGAACAAGCAGAAAAACACUGUAAACAAGUCUGGCAUAGUAAGAAGGCAAAAGCAAAAGUCAAUGAAAUAAAAAGUAAGUGUCAAACAGUUAUUUCAGAAAGGGUUAGAAAUUUAGUAGCUGACUUAGACCGCGAGGAAAGGCUUUCACCUCUCCAACUUCAAAUAAAAUUUGAAGAGCAGUGGAGUGAAUGGAUUAGUAAUCUGGUAGCUCUCUCUAAGGCAUCUCAUAUUAAGCAUAAUAUAGAUCUACAAGUACAAGAGGCACUGAUAGAUCACUUUAAACAGUCAAAGGCAUUUCUCAAUAAAAUGAUUCCUGCUGAAGGAGGAAAGUCCCUGGAAAGGUGGGGUGAAAAACUUGUUCUGAUAGUUGAAGAAGAGCCACAUAUUAUAAAACCUUCUGCAAGUUCUUUUUCUGAAAGGUUUGCUGGAAAGAUAGGAAGGUUUGUUGGUUGGAAGUCAUUGCAACCAACAUGGAUGCAAAUAGCUGAACAAGAGACUUCCCGGUAUUUGCAGGAAGUAGAAAAAUAUUUGAUUAGUAAGCAAAGAAAGGACUACAAUCCAAGUUACGCCACUGAAAUUCUAACGUUGCUAGAUGAGAAACUAAGGGACUUUAAUAGAGAUGAAAUCUUUAAAUUUUCCCCAGAAUACAAAAUGGAUUUAGCCCUAACUGCAUGUGGAUAUGCUUUGAAAAAGUUUAAGGAAAUGGCAGAAAGAUAUAGGGAUGAAAAUGAUCCCGUAAAAUGUCUAGGAAGAGAAAAAGAGCGAUACUUUCAAGACUUCUGUGAUAAAUACUCAAGUAUAGCUGAGGAAGCUAUAGCUGCCAGGCAAUGUUGCGAACUUCUAGAAACCACAAUUCAACACAGAAUUAUCAAAAGCCUUAGUGUAACAGUAGUAGAGAAAAUGGAAGGUGAUGAUACAAUUUCUUUCUUGUUUACAAAACCAAGCUUGAUUAGACAUGUCCUUGUGCAAAUUGGUACAGCUUUACAACAAAAUGAUUUCAAUAGUUGUUAUAGAUACCUGAAACAUCCCAGUGAAUAUCUUGAAGAGUAUGUUAAAUCUUUCACUGAAAUAUACUGCGAUGGACACCAAGGGCAAUGCUCAAAUUUGACAAUGUAUGCAAGGGAGCUUUUGGAUGGAAUUAUGACAUUUAUUUGGGAAGUAAUUAAUGCUGUGAAUAAAUCUAACCAACAAUCAUUAUCCACCUGGAUUAAUGAGUUUAAAUCACGAUUAUCUCAAAGACUUAUUAUAGAAGAUGAUAUCCGAUGUACAUUAAGCUCUGGUGGCGAUAACAAACAUUUCAAUGCCGAACUCAAGAAAAGGCUAGAUAAACUGAAAGAGAAGUUAUCGAGAAGGUUAGUGCUAAGUGCCAGAGAUAUGGAGUCAUGGGAUAAACGACCAUAUGAUUUGAUAUUUAAACGAGUGAGAGGAUGCAAAGCUGCAUGCCCAUUUUGUAGAGAACCGUGCAAUAAUUCAAACAAUCAUCACGAUGGAGACCAUAGUGUGAAAUUGCAUCGACCGAAGUGUCUUGGUGGAUGGCGCAUUCGAUCAACUGGAAAAAUGACCUUGGAAACUUGCACUGAGGCUAUUGCUAAUGAUUCUUACUUUUAUAAGCCAAAUUCCGAUGACACGCAUCCAUAUAGGGAAUGCGAAACGGUGUUUCCAAAAUGGUGCAUACAGAGAGAUUUACCUGGAGAGACAUCUUUGUAUUGGAAGUAUGUUGUCGCCCACUUCAAAAGCGAACUUGCUACACUGUACGAUAUGAAAGAAGAAUCGGUUCCUGAGCACUGGAUGAAGUUUGAAUUGACACAAGCCAUUGAAGCUCUCUAAGCAUGCGAUUUUAUUUACUCUGCUAGUUUAUCAUUAAUGUUAGAUAGAUUGUAGACAGUCUGAUGGAUUGUAGUCUGAGCAUAACAAGUGUUAUUAAGUGUCUCAAGAUACAAGCAGUC